CAGUAGGGAGUAACUAUUCAAUAUGAUUCUUCUUGCUGUGCUUUUUCUCUGCUUCAUUUCCUCAUAUUCAGCUUCUGUAAAAGGUCACACAACUGGUCUCUCAUUAAAUAAUGACCGGCUGUAUAAGCUCACAUAUUCCACUGAAGUUUUUCUUGAUCGAGGCAAAGGAAAACUCCAAGACAGUGUGGGCUACCGAAUUUCAUCCAAUGUAGAUGUUGUGUUACUGUGGAGGAGUCCUGAUGGUGAUGAUGACCAACUGAUCCAAAUCACGAUAAAGGAUGUAAGUGUCGAAAAUGUGAAUCAGCAAAGAGGGGAGAAGAGCAUCUUCAAAGGAAAAAAUCCAUCUAAAAUCAUAGGAAAGGAAAACUUGGAAGCUCUGCAUAGACCUAUACUCCUUCAUCUUAUCCAUGGAAAGGUCAAAGGGUUCUACUCAUAUCAAAAUGAGCCAGUAGCCGUAGAAAAUCUCAAGAGAGGGCUGGCUAGCUUAUUUCAGAUGCAGUUAAGCUCCGGAACCACCAAUGAGGUAGAUAUUUCUGGGGACUGUAAAGUGACAUACCAGGCUCAUCAAGACAAAGUGAUCAAAAUUAAAGCUUUGGAUUCAUGCAAAAUAGCAAGGUCUGGAUUUACAACCCCAAAUCAGGUCUUGGGUGUCAGUUCGAAAGCCACAUCUGUCACUACCUAUAAGAUAGAAGACAGCUUUGUUAUAGCUGUGCUCGCAGAAGAGACACAUGCUUUUGGGCUGAAUUUCCUACAAACCAUUACAGGAAAAAUAGUAUCAAAGCAAAAAUUAGAGCUGAAGACAACAGAAGCAGGCUCAAGACUGAAACCUGGAAAGCAGGUUGCAGCCAUAAUUAAAGCAGUUGAUUCAAAGUACAUGGCCAUUCCCAUUGUGGGACAGGUCUUCCAGAGUGAGUGCAAAGGUUGCCCUUCUCUCCUGAAGCGCUGGCAGUCCAUAAGGAAACACCUGCAGCCUGACAACCUCUCCAAGGCUGAGGCUGUCACACACUUCCUGGCCUUCGUACAGCACCUCAGGACUGCGAAGAAAGAAGAGAUCCUUCAAAUACUGAAGACUGAAAACAAGGAAGUACUACCUCAGCUGGUGGAUGCUGUCACCUCUGCUCAGACCCCAGACUCACUAGAAGCCAUUUUGGACUUUUUGGAUUUCAAAAGUGACAGUAGCAUUAUCCUCCAGGAGAGGUUUCUCUAUGCCUGUGGAUUUGCUUCCCAUCCCAGUGAAGAACUCCUGAGAGCCCUCAUUAGUAAGUUCAAAGGGUCCUUUGGGAGCGAUGACAUCAGAGAAACUGUUAUGAUCAUCAUCGGGGCCCUCGUCAGGAAGUUCUGUCAGAACGAAGGCUGCAAACUCAAAGCAGUAGUUGAAGCCAAGAAGUUAAUCUUGGGAGGACUUGAAAAAGCAAAGAAAAAAGAGGACAUCAUAAUGUACCUGCUGGCUCUGAAGAAUGCCCUGCUUCCAGAAGGCAUCCCACUCCUUCUCAAGUAUGCUGAGGCAGGAGAAGGUCCUGUCAGCCACCUUGCUACCACUGCUCUCCAGAGAUAUGAUGUCCCUUUCAUUACUGAUGAGGUGAAGAAGACCUUGAACAGGAUAUACCACCAGAAUCGUAAAAUUCAUGAAAAGACUGUGCGCACUACUGCAGCUGCUGUCGUUUUAAGUAGCAAUCCAUCCUACAUGGAAGUAAAAAACAUCCUGCUCUCUAUUGGGGAGCUUCCCAAAGAAAUGAAUAAAUACAUGCUCGCCAUUGUUCAAGACAUCCUACGUUUUGAAAUGCCUGCAAGCAAAAUGGUCCGUCGUGUUCUGAAGGAAAUGGUCAUUCACAACUAUGACCGUUUCUCCAAGAGUGGAUCCUCUUCUGCCUAUACUGGCUACAUAGAACGUAGUCCCCAUUCGGCAUCUACUUACAGCCUUGACAUUCUUUAUUCUGGUUCUGGCAUUCUAAGGAGAAGUAACAUGAACAUCUUUCAGUACAUUAGGAAGUCUGAACUUCAUGGUAGCCAGGUGGUCAUUGAAGCCCAAGGACUGGAGGCUUUAAUUGCAGCCACUCCCGACGAAGGGGAGGAGAACCUUGACUCCUAUGCUGGUAUGUCAGCCAUCCUCUUUGAUGUUCAGCUCAGGCCUGUCACUUUUUUCAAUGGAUACAGUGAUUUGAUGUCCAAAGUGCUGUCAACAUCCAGUGACCCUGUCAGUGUGGUGAAAGGACUUAUUCUGCUAAUAGAUCAUUCUCAGGAGCUUCAGUUGCAAUCUGGACUAAAGUCAAAUAUUGAGGUCCAGGGUGGUUUAGCUAUUGAUAUUUCAGGUGCACUGGAGUUUAGUCUGUGGUAUCGUGAGUCUAAAACCCGAGUGAAAAACCGGGUGACUAUGGUAAUAAUUGGUGACAUCACAGUGGAUGCCUCUUUUGUGAAAGCUGGUCUGGAAACCAGUGCAGAAACAGAAGCAGGCCUGGAGUUUAUCUCCACAGUGCAGUUUUCUCAGUACCCUUUCUUAGUUUGCAUGCAGAUGGACAAAGACGAAGCUCCAUUUAGGCAAUUUGAGACAAAGUACGAAAGGUUGUCCACUGGCAGAGGUUAUGUCUCUCGGAAAAGAAAAGAAAGCCUACUGGCAGGAUGUGAAUUCCCGCUCCAUCAAGAAAACUCUGAGAUGUGCAAUGCGGUGUUUGCCCCUCAACUGGAGAGUACUUCCAGCGGAUGGUUUUGAAAUUGACCGGUGGUGUAUUCACUUGAAUUCAUCUCCACAAAAGGGAGACAAUGUGACAUGCCUAAGUACUUGCUCUCUGAGAGCACAGUGUUUACAUAUUUACCUGUAUUUUAUAUUUUUGUAAAAAGCUAUGAAAAACUACAGUUGAUUAAUCUUGGGCCUAUUCAGUGUACCAUAGAUAGUGUCACUGUGAGUUAUCAUGUGACGCUUUCAACAACAUUCUUACUUUUCUUGUACCUUUCUCAAAUCCCAUUUUGUACAGUGAGAGUAGUUCUGCUCUAAGAGGAAACUAGAGUUUGUUAAAAGCAAAGACAGAACUAAAAACAAAACCACAAACGCUCAGGAGAACCCAAUUUUGUUUCAACAAUUUCCAAACAAUGUAUAUGAAGCCCUUGAUAGAACCUUAAACAUGGCAAGAAAAUCAAACAUAUUACCUAAUCAGGGGGGAGAAAAAAGCCAUUUUUUUUCUUCAUUACUGGGGGGGAAGCAGGGAUGAAGGGACAAGACUUUUAAAAGACUUUUGUUAGCCAGCUUUAAUAAUUAAUAUUUAUGUCUUCUGUUAUUUUUAGUUUUAUUAAGCAUUAAGGUAGAAGGCACACAGAAUUAAAACAUACCAUUUCAUCUUUCUGCUGUCCAUGUAGUGAGGUCACUCAGAGGCCAUCCAGACCUCUACCUCCAGCCCUACAAAAAUAAUGGACUUAUCACAUAGGAAUCAGAAAAAAUAAUUUCCAUUUGAUUUUUCUUAGGGUGUGUCUUUUUGAUACUGCAGUGUGAUAUACUGGUUUUUAUAAAGAACAUCCUCAUGUAUUCAUUUUCUCUCUGCCUCAUUUAUUUUGUGCUGGAAGCUCCAGCUUGACUACAAUCUGCACAACAGCCAGAAUGGCUGAGAGAACAUUGCUUUAAGAAACUGAUGGAUUUGGAUUUCUAAAAUAUGAAAUUGAAAAAAGAAUGUCUUUAUUUGUAUGAAUUAAAAGACCCAUGUGAAACAUUUUCAAAUAUUAAUAAAACAGAUGUGUUUAUUGUGAUAAACCCACAACAAACGAUAGGUGCUUGUUCUUCUAUUAAACACACACACAUAAAAUUUUUAAGUUUAGCUAGCCCACUAUUGAUUGUAAAUUAAAAAUAAA